CAUCGAUCUCGCUGUAACCGCGGUCGUGGCGGAGUUCUCGAGGUUAGUGGUAACGUAAAUUGCCCCGAUUGACAGUACAUUGUUUGGAAGUGGCCCAUGAAGUUUGAGUUAUUUCAGCAAGAUGUUUGAUCAGUUCAAAGAGAAGAUUCACUCUGUUCAGCUUGAUUUGAAUGCUGGAUUGAAGUCACUGAGUGAGAAGGCCAGAGAAGUUGGACGAUCAAAGAAACUGCCUGGUGAAUUGCAUGUCCUUGACAGCAAAACAGCUGACCUUGCAUCUCUUAAACCAGAAUGUGUUGAUGCUGGCGAUGAAAUCCUCAACAGGUUUCAACAGAUGUGGACUCAGCUACAUGUCAAUAUUGAAUUUUCUGCAGAAAAGGCUACGAAAAGUGACAAGGUUAUCUUAGAGUUGGUAGAGCAUCAUGACAAACAGGUCCAUGUCUGGAAACAGUUCCAGACUAGACUUCAAGAAGUACCAGGCAUGGUGACGCAGAUCCAAAAUCUAGCAGUAACAUUAGGUAAAUUGGAAGCUAAUUUUGAGGAAAUAGAAAGCAUGCUGGAGGGACUUGAAGAUACAUGUGAGGAGGAGGAGUUGCUUGGCAACAAGAAGAUACAACUGGCAGAAUUCAUGAAAUACAAGGAGCAGAAAUCAAAAGAGAGGUUACAGAGAAGAGAACGUCUGCUGGAUGAAUACAACCAGAAGUUCCGUCGACUGGAAGACCGAGAAGAUGCUAAGAAGAAGGAGAGACAGAAAGCCUUCCAAGAAGUCUUUGCUGCUGACAUGGCCCAUUACAAAACUCAUGGAAAAAUGUCAGCUCCAGUGACCCAAUCCUCUCAGGAACUGGAGAACAGACUGGAUGAAUUUGAGAUAACCGUCGAUAGGGAUGACCAACUAGCUCUGGACGACUUCCUGGGACCUGACGAUGAGGACGAGGAAGUCAGUAGGAGCUCUAGCAGAAAAAGGGUACCAGUGACGAAGGAUGAUGAGAGUAAUGAUGGUGAUGAUGAGGAUGAAGAGGAGGCUGCAGCUAAAGUGGAAGGCGUUGCCUCAUUGGACAAGAGAGAAGAGAGGAUAGGACAGAGUGGAGAUGAGAAACUAACAGAGGAGUCCAAAGGAAGUGAUUCUGUGAACUCAGAGGUCACAGAAUCCAAAGAUGAAGCCGAUGUAACUGAAGAACAAACACAUAUAGAGGGUGAAGGAGAAGACUCCACAGAAAACUCAGAGGACAAGCAACAACAUCCAGAGAAUGCCGCUACCAGAGACGGCCUCAAGGAGGAAGAAGAGGAGGAGGAAGAAGACGACGACUUUGGAACCCCUGAUGAAGAUGCAGAAGAAUCAACAUCAAAAUCAUAGCAGAUCACUGGAUUUUGCAUGGAUGAUAGUCCCACCGCUCUGUGUUGAAGGCAGAGAUUUGUCAGUUUCCAAGAGAUUAUUUUAGGAUUUGCUGACUCUAAAUUUGAUAAAGAGCUCUUGAAAAUCCUGUAAUAGUGCUAUACUUCUUCUCUGAUACUCGGGUAAAUUUGUAGUCCGAGUCUAAACAUUGUUUAUUAGUGAGACACUGACUAUGUGAGCCAAUGAGUUGAAUAUCAAGGUUGGUAAGUCAUAACUCAGAUUUUACUGCAGGUGAUGGGCAACCCAAGAUACUUUUUAAUAUAACACUCAUGAAAGGAGUUGUCUGACGUUUUAUCUGACAAGUCCUGUUUUAUCUGACAGAUACCACAGUAACAUUGUUUCUCAGCCAAUAAGAAUCAAGUUGUCAGAAAUGGCAACUUGUUGGGGGAAAAUAUUGAUGAGACACCCAGGUCUCACUGGGUGAUAUUCUGAUAAUUAGACCUAGAUCUAUUCCGAGUGUAAAAUGCUAGGCUUCAAAUUAUUUCUUCCAUAUUUAUGGAAAAUA